AAAAAUAAAAUUUCUGUUCUUCAUCUUCGUCCCCCACAUUCCAGCUUAAAGUUCAUUGCUUUUCCAUUUUACUAAUUAAACCUUCCUCUUUCUUUAUUUCUCUCUCUGUCUUAAUUUUUAUUUUAUUUAUUUAAUUUUUGCUUUAUUUGUAAAAUUCUCCCAAAUCCCAAUUCAAAGAAAAAGACCGUCAUUUCGAAUUUUCUCUCUCCUCUUUCUCCAAAAUCAUCAUCGUCAAUCCACAGGAGUCGAAUCGAUCAUCUUUACGAUCUGAUAAUUAUUUGUUAUCGCAAUUUCGAGCUUAAAGGUCGCCAUUACUUUUUUGUAAUUCUAUAAAAAAAAUGGCGACCGAAACUGUUAUAGUAGGUUCUAAAGUAUGGGUUGAAGAUCCAGAAUUAGCUUGGAUAGAUGGAGAGGUCACAAAAACCAGUGGUCAAGAACUUCAUGUCAAAACUACAAAUGGAAAAUCAAUUGUCACAGAGGUCUCGAAGGUCUAUCCCAAGGAUGAAGAAGCUCCUGCUGGUGGUGUUGAUGACAUGACAAAGCUUGCAUACUUGCAUGAACCAGGAGUUCUGUCUAAUUUGGCCAUGAGAUACUCAAUCAAUGAAAUCUAUACAUAUACAGGAAAUAUUCUCAUUGCAGUAAAUCCUUUUCAAAGAUUACCUCAUUUGUAUGAUACACACAUGAUGGGGCAAUAUAAGGGAGCGGGAUUUGGGGAGCUCAGUCCUCAUGUUUUUGCGAUAGCUGAUGCCUCAUACAGGGCGAUGAUUAAUGAGGGCAAGAGCAAUUCAAUUCUGGUUAGUGGAGAAAGUGGUGCUGGUAAGACAGAGACUACAAAGAUGCUCAUGAGGUACCUUGCAUACUUGGGAGGCCGGUCUGGUGUGGAAGGGCGUACAGUUGAACAACAAGUUUUAGAAUCCAAUCCAGUUCUAGAAGCUUUUGGAAAUGCCAAAACUCUAAGAAACAAUAAUUCAAGUCGCUUUGGAAAAUUUGUCGAAAUUCAAUUUGACAAGCAUGGGAAGAUAUCGGGUGCUGCUAUUCGAACCUACCUGCUAGAAAGAUCCCGAGUUUGUCAGGUUUCCGAUCCUGAGAGAAAUUAUCACUGUUUUUAUCUCCUCUGUGCGGCACCUCAAGAGGUUCGAGAUAAGUACAAGUUGGAUAGCCCUGAUAAAUUCCAUUACUUGAAUCAAACCAAUUGCUAUAAGUUGGAUGGAGUUGAUGAUUCUGAGGAAUAUCUGGCGACCCGAAGGGCUAUGGAUAUAGUUGGGAUAAGUGCAGAAGACCAGGAAGCAAUUUUUAGAGUUGUUGCCGCAAUCCUUCAUCUUGGUAAUGUUAACUUCGCUAAAGGAACAGAGGUAGACUCUUCUGUUCUCAAGGAUGAGAAAUCAAGAUUUCAUUUAGCCAUGACUGCUGAACUACUUAGGUGUGAUAUCAAGAGCCUGGAAGAUGCACUUAUUAAACGUGUGAUGGUGACCCCAGAAGAAGUAAUCACAAGAACUCUUGAUGCUCAUUCUGCACAAAUUAGUAGAGACGCAUUUGCUAAAACUAUAUACUCGCGUUUGUUUGAUUGGCUUGUGGAUAAGAUCAACAAUUCGAUUGGGCAGGAUCCUAACUCUAAGUCAAUUAUUGGGGUUCUUGAUAUAUAUGGGUUUGAAAGUUUUAAAUUGAACAGUUUUGAGCAGUUUUGUAUCAACUUUACUAAUGAAAAGCUGCAACAACAUUUUAAUCAGCAUGUUUUUAAGAUGGAGCAGGAGGAAUAUACAAAAGAAGAAAUUAACUGGAGCUACAUCGAAUUUGUCGAUAAUCAGGAUGUUUUGGAUAUGAUUGAGAAGAAACCUGGAGGAGUCAUUGCGCUUCUUGAUGAAGCAUGUAUGUUUCCCAAAUCUACGCAUGAAACGUUUGCUCAGAAGUUGUACCAGACAUAUGUUAAACACAAACGCUUUCAGAAACCGAAGCUUUCUCGCACCAGCUUUACUAUCUGUCACUAUGCUGGGGAUGUGGUUUAUCAAGCUGAUCAGUUUCUUGACAAAAAUAAAGAUUAUGUUAUAGCAGAGCAUCAAGAUCUUCUGCAAGCCUCAAAGUGUUCAUUUGUAGCUUCUCUUUUCCCUCCACUUCCAGAGGAAACAUCAAAGUCAUCUAAAUUUUCUUCUAUUGGAUCUCGCUUUAAGCUACAACUCCAGCAGUUGAUGGAGACAUUAAAUUCAACAGAGCCUCACUACAUCAGAUGUGUGAAGCCAAAUAAUCUCUUGAAGCCUGCUAUAUUUGAGAAUGUUAACAUCCUUAACCAAUUACGGUGUGGUGGUGUUCUUGAGGCAAUCAGGAUUAGCUGUGCUGGAUAUCCUACUAGACGAACAUUUGAGGAUUUUCUUCUUCGAUUUGGUGUUCUUGCUCCAGAAGUUUUGGAUGGGAAAUGUGAUGACAAGAUUGUUUGCCAGAAAAUAUUGGAUAAAAUGGGAUUGAAAGGUUACCAGAUAGGAAAGACAAAGGUUUUCCUACGAGCUGGUCAGAUGGCAGAGUUGGAUACCAGGAGAGCAGAGGUUUUAGGGAAUGCUGCGAGGAAGAUUCAAAGACAUGGACGUACAUACAUAGCUCGCAAAGAAUUUAUUUCAUAUCGAAAUGCAGCUAUUCAAAUUCAGUCUUGGUGUCGUGGUGUUCUUGCCUGUAAGGUUCAUGAAGAACUAUGCAGACAAGCAUCAGCCAUUAGAAUUCAGAAGAACUUCCGUUGCUAUAAAGCUAGGCAAUCCUAUUUGAGAGUGAGGUUGUCUGCAGUUACAGUGCAGACUGGAUUAAGGGCAAUGCACGCUCGGAAUAUGUUCAGAUACAAAAAAGAAACAAAGGCUGCCAUCAUUAUUCAGACUCGCCAGCGUUGCCACAUGGCAUAUUCUUAUUACCAGAACCUUCAAAAGGCUGCUCUUGUAACUCAAUGUGGUUGGAGGCGGAGAGUUGCCAGAAAAGAACUUAGACAGCUCAAGAUGGCUGCGAGAGAAACAGGUCAUCUGAAAGAACUGAAAGACAAGCUGGAGAAGCGUGUGGAAGAUCUUACAUGGCGUUUGCAAUUUGAGGGUCAAUUAAGGAAAAACUUAGAAGAAGAGAAAGGUCAAGAAAUUGCCAAGUUACAGGAAGCUUUGCAAGCCAUGAAGAUGCAGGUCGAAGAAGCAAAUGCACGCAUAACUAAAGAACGAGAGGCAGCUAAAAAGGCUGUUGAAGACGCUCCUCCAGUCAUCAAAGAGGUUCCUGUUAUGGUUCAAGAUACGGAGAAGGUUGAAUCAUUAACUAUUGAAAUAGAGAAUCUAAAGGCCUUACUAGAGAAGGAGAAGGAGGCAGCAGAAGUGACCCGAAAGUCCGUCUCAGACACCGAAGAAAGAAAUGCAGAGCUUGUCAAAAAGCUGGAAGGUUCAGACGACACGAUAAAUCAACUUAAACAUUUUGUUCAAAGGAUGGAGGAGAAACUUUCCAAUGCUGAAUCAGAAUCUCAAGUACUACGCCAGCAAGGACUGGAGAUGACUCAAAAACUUUCCAGUGCAGAGUCAGAAAUCCAGGAUAUGGCAGAAAAACUUAAGAAGGCAGAGUCAGAAUUGCAAGCACUUCGACAACAAGCCCUGACAAUGACACCUAUAUCCAAAUCAGCUCCGGGCCGUUCAAAGACAAUGGUUAUUCAGAGGAGUCCAGAGAAUGGACAUGUGCAAAAUGGUGAAGCCAAACCCUCACCUUUACCGAUGGCAGCCAUUGAUGAGCAUUCACCCGAGGAUAAACCACAAAAAUCACUUAACGAGAAGCAGCAGGAGUAUCAGGACUUGUUGAUCAAGUGCAUAUCAGAGAAUCUUGGAUUUUCUAAGGGCAAACCAAUUGCUGCUUGUGUCAUAUACAAAUGUCUUCUUCAGUGGAGGUCCUUUGAAGUUGAAAGAACUAAUAUUUUUGACCGUAUUAUACAAACUAUAGGUUCAGCCAUAGAGGUCCAGGAAAACAAUGACAUGUUGGCCUACUGGUUAUCGAAUACAUCCACGUUGUUGUUGCUACUCCAACAAACACUCAAAGCAACUGGGGCUGCUGGCUUUACUCCACAGAGACGUAGGACAAUGUCGACUUCUCUAUUUGGAAGAAUGUCAUCGCUAAGAGCAUCUCCCCAAAGUCCUGGCCUAUCUUUCCUUAACGGUCGCCUCAGCAAACCAGAUGAUGUUCGACAAGUAGAGGCCAAAUAUCCUGCUUUGCUGUUCAAACAGCAGCUUACUGCCUUCCUGGAGAAGAUAUAUGGGAUGAUAAGAGACAAUCUGAAGAAAGAAAUCUCUCCGUUGCUGGGGUUAUGUAUCCAGGCACCUCGGACAUCACGAGCUAGUUUGAUGAAAGGACGUAGUCAAGCUAAUGCUGUUGCUACACAAGCUUUGAUAGCUCACUGGCAAAGCAUUGUAAAAAGCCUUAACAAUUACUUAACGAUGAUGAGAUCAAACAAUAUCCCUCCUUUCUUAGUGCGGAAGGUUUUCUCCCAAAUAUUCUCAUUUAUCAAUGUCCAGCUAUUCAACAGUCUUCUGCUGCGACGCGAAUGCUGCUCCUUCAGUAAUGGCGAGUAUGUAAAAGCAGGUUUGGCCGAAUUGGAACAGUGGUGCUAUGAUGCAACCGAAGAAUAUGCUGGCUCAGCUUGGGAUGAGUUGAAGCAUAUUAGACAAGCGGUCGGAUUUCUUGUCAUCCACCAGAAGCCGAAGAAAACCUUAAAUGAGAUCACAAAAGAUCUAUGUCCUGCACUCAGCAUACAGCAAUUGUAUAGAAUCAGCACUAUGUACUGGGACGACAAAUAUGGAACUCAUACUGUAUCAUCUGAUGUUAUUUCAAGUAUGAGAGUUCAAAUGACUGAAGACGCCAACAGUGCUGUGACGAAUUCAUUCUUACUAGAUGAUGACUCAAGCAUCCCAUUCUCCCUGGAUGACAUCUCCAGCUCGUUGCAACAGCAGCCCGGGUCCGGUGAUAUAGAUCCUCCACAACUAUUAAGAGAACACUCAGGUUUUUCAUUCUUGAUUCAACAUUCAGAGUGAGAGAGAUAAAAAGGUUAUUAUAUCCACAACAAGAAUCUCAUCUCAGUUCCUCAUGGCAUGUCAAUCUUGUGCAUAUAUAUAGAAAGUAUAUUCAUUGGAACUCACAUGAUUCUUUAUAUGUUGGAAGGGCAUCAUGGUUUGCCUUUACACACACAAAAGGGGGUAGAGUUUAUUAAUUCGUUUAACCGUAAGUCACUUCCUUUUAGGGUGACGCGCGGGGUUAUUCUUUGAAUUUACAUGUCCAUAUUAUGGGCAAAGUGUGCAAAAUUGUAGUGAUAUGAUUUUUGUGUCACACCCCCACAAAAGGGUAAGGGGGUAUAUUUUUUAUUUUAUUUUAAAGUGGUUUGGCUUUUAAUUAAAAAUAGGUUAUCAAGUUUUGGGUAGUUGUCACUCGGGUGUAUCUAUAGAUAGGUUUGCCGAUAUUUGAGGCGAUUGUUUGUUGUAAGUUGUAACGAGGAAUUAUGUAUGUAUUCAAGGUUUUGUAGUAUAUGUAAUUGCAUUUUGUAUUUAA